UAUCUGAUUGACUACAAAACAUGUUACACCAUUUUGUGUUUCUUUCAAGGGAAAGCUUUUUUACAGUCGCAUUUGGCAGUAAUUUGUUUUGAUAACAUUAUGUAACAAGUCAACAGGAAUUACCUGAAUCGGAGAUUUUGAAUAUUUUCUAGGACCAACAAUGGAGAAUUUCACGCAAAUGCAGAGAUUUGAAAAGUGGCUGUUGUUCCUAAUUACUCUACUGUUAAUGGCGAUUAUUUUUGGUCCGAUAUUUUCAUUUGGUGCGGUUUUUAUAACAAUGAUGGACACAUUUCAAACAGAUCGAGCAGAAACUGCCGCUGUACAGUCAAUUGUCAUAGGAAUGACAUUUUCGUUUGGUGUUAUCAGCGGAGCCUUAAUUGGAAGGUUUGGUCCAACAAUGAUGAUAUUCGUGGCAAGUGUGGUUGUUCCUCUUGGAUUUGGUAUAUCAUAUUUUGCAAAACACAUCAUUUACCUCUACAUAAGUAUAGGCAUAGUCACAGGUGUUGGGAACUCUUUGGUAUUUUCCAGCUGCAUUGUGAUAGUGGAGCGAGUGUUUGAGGGGCCAAAGCGGUUAUUAUGUUUGGCUGUGCUGAACACUUCAACUGUGGUAACCGCCAUUUUCUACCCAUAUUUUAUAAAAUGGUUGACAGAAAUGUACAGUCUGAAUGGAAUAUUUCUAAUACUUGCUGGGAUCAGCUUAAAUAUCUUUGUUCUUUUCACAAUGUGUUGGACAAAUCGUGUUGCUGAAAAAAAUGUUCAAAGUACAAAAGCAGAACUCGAUGAUUGUCCUGAAAGUUCAAGAAAAGGGUGUAAUUCGUUAAUCGACAUAAUGUUUGAUUGCUUUUCACAUGCUAAUAAACUGUUUCACGUGCCUUAUGCGCUUGUACUUAUUGCAAGUAGUUUAUCCCUUGCAUCAUUAGAUGGAUAUGUAGGAGUAAUGUUUGACAUCGCUUUAUGGAAAAAAAUGACAAGUUCACAAGGAUACAUUACUUCUGUAGUGUAUUAUUCGUGCACCGCUGUGUCUUGUGUAGCGGCAGGAAUUCUCAAACAAAAGAAGGGAGUGAACUCCUUGAUUUAUCCAAUUCUUUCUACGUUUUGCGGAUGUUGUGGUCAACUGUUCAUACUUUCUACAUCAAACUAUUCCGUAUAUAUGAUCGGGACAGCUCUCACUGGAAUGACAUACGGAGGUGUUAUAGCUUCUACGUAUACCGUUAUUGUGCAAAUGGUCAGCCAAGAGCAAGUACCUGUGGCAACUGGACUUUUUACAACAUUAGAAGGACUAGUUGCACUCGGAGUUGGACCAUUGUAUGGUAAUAUCCGAGAUAUUUCUGGUAGCUACAGGAGUGUCCUUGUGACAGUUACAUGUGUACAAGCACUGUCUUCUGCUCUUUUUACCCUUGCCUUGAUAACUAACAGACGGCGAAAGAAAAGAUUACAGCCUAACAGCUCAAGUGAGAUAAUCGCUUCAACAAGACUGUAGACAAAAGAUAGAUAUCACAGUAAGACAAUAACAUAGUGAUCAAUGUACAAAUUAUGAUUCAGAAAAGCCGUAGAAAAAGGACAAAGUGGAAACGAAGAACAGAAAUAGGAAAUAAAGAAAGGAGGAACACUGUAGCAACCACGUCUCCUCCCAAUCCACUUUUUUCUGGGAGCGGUUCGAGGCAAAACCAUCAUUUGCUACUUCAGAUUAGCGUACUGAUGCCAAGCAUAACUCCUUUAUGACAAUCACCAAACCAAAAUUAUGUUCUAAACAGUGUAAAGUGAAAUUACUUUAUGGUAGUAGAUAUAUUGCCUAUGUUCAAUUUUUAUAUUAUGUUCAAUGAUCGGACACAAAUGCGUUUAGUUGUUUAUAUUUCUGUUCGAUUAUCGCAUACAAAUAAUUAUUUUCAUGUUACAUUUGUUUGAUGAUAAACACAAAAUAUAUUUGAUUAUCGCACAUGUCUGUUUUUAAGUAUUUAUAUGUCCAUUAAUCGAAUUACUGUAUAUAUUCGUUCAAUAAUCGAAGACCGAUUUGGUACAAACUUCUAAAUGUGUGUCCAAUAAUCGAAGACUUAAUAAUGCAUGCUACUGUAUGUGUCCAAUUAUUGAACAUAAUAUAAAAAUCGAACAUCGACACAAAUCUACGGCCGUAUUACUUCACAUCAGAAAAAUACCGUUACGAUUAGGGACACGCUGAAAAGCGAAGAUGUUCUUGAAUAAAUAAAUAAUGUUUUAUUUUUAUUUUUCAAAUAACUCUUCUCCAUAUUUGAAAUAAUUGUGUGUCUAACAUAGGUCUCCAGAAAGUAUCAGAUAUUUACUUUUAUUUUCUCCAAUUUGAAAAUAAAGCAUAACAUAUAUACAUCAAAUUUAAUAGCUUAUAACCUAAAUUAGUAUAUACUCAAUCUAAAGUAAAAUUAAACAUAAUUAAAGUAGUACAAAAUUACAGUAUAAGAAUAGUAAAAACACAUUAUUCAUAAAGAUAACACAACUUGUGACAGACAUAAGCAAACAUUCAAAAUUACUUUCAGAUACAAAUAAAAUAUUAUGUGUACUUAUAUGUCAAAUUGAAAAUAUAUGGCACGAAUGUACAAAACAAUCCCCCUUUCACAUGAAAAAGACUCGAAAACGCCCCUUCGAAGUCUGAGGGACUAGUCCCAUUACCCCCAAAUAGAAAGGGGGCGUCCUGGGUAUGACUAAGACCCUUAUUUUGCAAGUAGCGACCUAGAUCUUUAAACAUUUUUUACGUUUCAAUAGUGUAUAACUAUUUCAGUUCCUUUAAACGUACAACGUUAAGUACUGUGUGGCCGGUUUGACUAAGGAGUGAUGGAUAAAUUAACUAUCCUUCUUCUAUUUCAAAGCAAAUUUCUCUUCGCAAAAAAAAUCCCUUUGCAAUUUGUGCAUGCGUUUUUCUUUCCAGUGUAAGGUUUACAAAUGCAUACUUAUGUAUAACAUGAGGCACAUACCCUUAAAAUGUUGAAAGCAACCUGGUUUAUACAAACCUACAUUUAAGACAGUUUUACAAAAUGAAUGAUAUAUUUUACAAAUCAUUUAACACCUACAAAAACCAAAUGUUAAAUUGCAUAGGGAAAAGAACGCUGAAUAUAUUCAUCGAUCGUGGAUAAUAACUGACAAUUUGAUAAAGAUAAAUAACAAGCAUGGAUUGCAUUGAUUGAAGUUUUUAGUUGUUCAGACAAACCUGUGUUAAAGACAACCUCUGAACAGUGAACACCCAGCUUUAAAGACCACUAGUUUUGUUUCCCAUUUUUAACAUUUACACUGUAUUUUAACCUUUGAAUAAAGACCACCUUCCAAUAAAGACCACAUUUUGGAUCUCUUGGGUCUGACUGUAAAUAUAUUUCAAACAGGAAAUACGGUAACUUAGAUAGCACAGAUAUAUAAUCAAGCAAAACAUGUAUGUUUUGUGAUACUGAGAUAUAACUUCCUGAUAGAACUUUAAUUUUUGUAUAACUUUGAUUAGGGGGUUAAUAUGCGUUUCCGUAUUUCUAUAGCCUGCCUGCUGUGCAUGCUUUAAUAUACCCCGUAGAAAGUAUAUCAAUAACAGCAUGUAAACAGUUCCGGAUCUUGAGGUCAAUCCACACGUCAUCAGACCAGAAAUAUCUGUGAUACUUUUUACAAGAAAAGACCAUAUGUCCAUUUUAUAAUUACUACAAUGAUUGCAUUUAAAUAUAACAUCCUAGUUUUUAUAUGCAUGUAACUUAAUAUGAAAACUGUACAAUUCCUUCGAAUAUAUAAUUUAGACAGUCUUACAUGCGUGCAUGAAAAAUGUAUUGUAAAGAUCGAGGAAAACAUCUGCGAUCCUUUAUAACUAAUACAUGAAUCGAGCCAGAAAUAAUUUAGCAAAAGAGUGCUUUAACACUAUUUAUGCACGAUGGGUGGUUAUACGUCGGGCGUAAUAAUUUCACGAGGGCGCAGCCCGAGUGAAAUUAUUUGUACGAUGUAUUACCACCCGAGUGUAUAAAUAGUGUUAAAACACGCUUGUGCUAUAAAUUAUUUCGAUUCUGAUAUACCCUUAAUCUAAAACAGUAGAUGAUAUAAACUUGGUCGCAACAAAAACAUUUACGUCACCGCACAUUAACGUGACGUCAUUCUAGCGUAAGAGUGUUUUAACAUAGACAAGCAUAUUAGAAUGUACAAUAUGAACAUACUAUUGUUCAUGUUGGUAUGAAAUAAACAUCUGAUAAUUUGGCAUUUUAGCGCAAUACAAUCGAUACUGUUUAUUUUUCAAUACAAGUAACUAAUAAUUACUUGCACUAUAGUCCCAAGAUACAUUUAUAUUAUGAAUUAAACACCCUGGACUUACUGGACUCAACUGCCACAUUAUCAAAGGUUUUUAGUAUAUAAGAUUUAGAAACUAGAUCAUUCUUAAGUACAACAAAUGAUAUAAUAUACAACUGACAUUCUAAGCCCAUUUACAUUUUGUACAGCGACUAUAUACAUAAUUUGAAACUAAUUACACAAUGUUCUUUCUUUAAAAAAGUGGAAAAUGUAAAUUAACAUGACAUGUUAAAUUGCAUAAAUUUAUCAAAGUUUAUUCAUUCUUAUUGUCACUGCAAAAGUGUAUCAAGGGCAGUAAUCUACACUUAAUUAUUAAGAUUUCUAAAUAGCAGUAAACCCGCUUAUUGGACAUACGAAACUCCAAGUGCUAUUAAUGUUGUACAAAACGAAAGUUAACAAGAUAACCCGAAAGAAAAACUAGAAGAAACUAUUUAAUAUUGUAUUGUAGUAUUAUUUUAUUUAGAAGUAUUAUCAGUUAUGAUUUUGUCGAAAUCGAAACAAACAAGACAAUUAGUUGGAAACUAUGAAUACGUGUUGCUGAAACAAUAUAUUGCAGUGUUUGUUAAAAUAUAAUAAAUUGUAUCACAGAUUACUGGAAUAUUGCGAUAAUUUUACUUCCAGGCGUGCAUUUAUAUCUUCAUUAUACAUUAAAACAUCGCAGAGUUAUGUACCAUAUCCGUUGUAUAGUACACAAAAAAACGACAACAUACAUGUAUAUAUUAUAAACUAUACAAAAUGAGUAUUAUUUCAAUUUCUUUUACGUUAUGAUAUAAUCCACCAAAAAAUAACCAUGAUUGUUUUCUUUUCUCUGUU